GUUGCCAGGAGACUUCUAAAACACUAACUCAAGAGACAACUGUUUGUCCACUUCCCCUGCAACACACCUAACUUUGGGAGUUAUGGAAAACUCUGAUGAGCAGUCUAAUGAGAGGGCGAGGCUGAGGAUGAGAGUUGCCGUGCUGGAGGAGAGUGUUCGCUCCUCAGAGGUGGAGUGUAGAGCCAGCAGAGAGACGGUGCUGAGGCUGGUGGCAGAGCUCGACCGAGAGAGGAAGAAGGCCACGAGCAGUGCAGCGGUGCUCGACUCACUCAAAGUGGAGUUGGAUGGCCUGGAGGUGGGAAGGAGGAGCGUUGAGAUGGAUAGAGAAACCCUGAUGGAUAGGUUCGAUGCCGGCAAGAGGGUGAUUGAAGCAGCGAGACGAGAGUCCAACUGUCUGGAGAAACAGGUGGAGGAGCUGGAGAGGAAGCUCCAGUCGAGUCAACGAGAGACUCGGGCAGCUGGAGACAAACUGCAGACCUUCCUGAGAAAGGUGGCAGGUCAGCUGCAGGCUAAGUCUGACAACGUCAUCAUGCCCACAGAGAAAGAUGUUUCAAAAUCACUGGAUGAGAUGAUGUCUGAGAUGGAGGCCAGGCUCUGUCAAGGCUCAGAGGAGCUGAAUGAGCAAUCGGCGCUCCAGCACAGUGCGCUGCAGAGGGCACAGCUUGCAGAGCAGCAGGUCCAGGACCUGCGAGAGAGACUGCAGGGUCUGGAGACUGAGCUGCUGACGGCAGAUAUGCAUCAUGACGGGCUGCGACAAGGCCAACAGCAAUAUGAGCAGUUCCUGGAGCAGCUGUCAGAGACGUUGAUGGUUGACAGCAUCGCUCUGGAUCUGGGCUUUGACAUGAGGCUAAAACUCAUCCUGUCACGAGCAGAACAACUUGUCAAAAAAGAAGGGAGUGCUCUGGUGGAGAGCAAAAGUCUCACUUACAGUUUACAGCGAAAGUUAAAAUCCCAGAAGGACCAACUGGAGAGCAAAGGACUCCACAUCCAGCUCCUGAGGAAGAAGGUGUCGGAGCAGGAGGAGGAGAGGAGGUGUCGCUCGGCACUGGCUGUGCAGCGAGAAGAUGCCCAUCUGGAAAGCAGGAGGCUUCAGAAAAAACUAGAGCGUCUCCAGAGCGACCUGAGGGCCACCAAGCAGAGCAACACUGAACUCAAAGCCCAGCUCUCCCACACUAACGAGCUCAAGUUGAAAGUCAUGGAACAGAGUGAGACCAUGCAGGAGCAGAAGAAGAGGCUGGAGCGGCUGGCGGAGGGGAAGGCCAAGGUGGAGAAGAAGCUGGGUUCCGUGAGCUCGGAGCUUCAGAGCCACGAGAAAAAGACCCAGGAGGACGAGCAGCAACUCGGCUCCCUCAGACAGAGCCUGGCCCAGCUGUCUGACAGAGAGAGGGAGUCGCUGGAUUUCCGCAUGGUAGUUUCCCAGAUGCUCAGUUUGGAUGCAACGGCCCCGCCUCUCCCAAAUCAUGAAAUCAUCAAAUCCCUGGAGAACCUUCUUCACACUCAUCAUCACUAUCACCACCUUUAUCACCAUGUGAAUACGCCGUGGCAAUGUCCCACUCACCGGAGGCCUCAUCUCUGCCCAAACCAGGAUCUUCAUGACAGCUCCUCCUUGGAUUCUACUUCCAGGUCCGCUCAUCCAGAAGACACAGUUCCCCUUUAAGAAGCCUA